AGACAACCUGGUGCACGCAGUGAGGAUGGAGUGAAUUCACGCAGCUCCACGCACGAUGCGCAUCCUCAGCCCGGCGGGGAAGACGGAAGAGAAACCGGGCUGCUUCAGUGGCGUGGCUCGUCGGGGGUUUAGCUCCUCGCGGCGGAUUGAUCGUUCCCUCCAUCGGCCUCCUGCAGCGGGUGGUGCCGGUGUAUAAUGGAGAGCUCCAAUGGCUCCGGCAGCGACACCAGACCGCAGAACCACCAGUUGGAGAAGAAGCGGCUGAACCGAGCGCCUUCCCCGGCCAGACCCUUCCUGAAGGAUGUGCACUCCCGCUCCGCCAAGCCACCUGCCAUCGUCCCCAAGUCCCCCAAAUUCAACAAGCAGCAGCAGCAGCAGCAGCAGCAGCCCGCCCCGGGGUCCCUAGCGCCGCCGAACCGCAGCUCCAGACGCACCAGCCCCGGCUCCAAAGACAAGCCGGCCGCGGCGCGGAGCACCGCCAAGUCUGCGGUGGCGAAGAAGCCCACGAAGGUUCCGCAGCCCGCGGCCCCGGAGCCCAGAGCCGCCGGCGCCAAGCCGGACGGCACCAAAGGCAAGAAAGGGAAGCCCCCCUCCGGGAGCCCGGGCCCGCUCAGCCAUGGAUCCCCGAUCCGCGUCCCGACCGGCGCGCCCCCGGGCCGGGCCAGCCACACCGACAGCAGCUCCGACCUGUCGGACUGUCCGUCCGAGCCGCUGUCGGACGAGCAGAGGCUGGCGCCGGCCGCCAGCAGCGACGCGGAGUCCGGCACCGGCUCCAGCGACCGGGACAACCCGCCCGGAGCGGCCGCGUCCUCCGCCAAGGGGGGCUCGUCUCAGGCUCAGCCCGCUCCGGGGGCGCACGGGGGCAAGAAGCCCAAACUGCCCGGAGCCAAGGACGCACCGGAGGAGGAGCUGCUGCGGGAGAUAGAGGAUCUGAGAUCUGAAAACGACUACCUCAAGGAUGAAGUGGACGAGCUGCGGGCGGAGAUGGAGGAGGUGCGGGACAGCUACCUGGAGGAGGAGGUGUACCAGCUGCAGGAGCUGCGGAGGGAGCUGGACCGCUCCAACAAGAACUGCCGCAUCCUGCAGUACCGCCUGCGCAAGGCGGAGCAGAAGAGCCUGCGGGUGGCUCAGACCGGACACGUGGACGGGGAGCUGCUGCGGAGCCUGGAGCAGGACUUGAAGGUGGCCAAAGACGUGUCGGUGCGUCUGCACAACGAGCUGGAGAGCGUGGAGGACAAACGCAGCCGGGCAGAGGACGAGAACGAGCAGCUCCGACAGAAGAUCAUCGAGGUGGAGAUCUCCAAGCAGGCGCUGCACAACGAGCUGGAGCGGACCAAAGAGACCGCACUGAGGCGACGAGGCAGCAGGGAAACCUUUAAAGACAAGAAAUCCACAACUCAGGAGGACAGUGCAGACCUCCGCUGCCAGCUCCAGUUCGCCAAGGAGGAGUCGGGGCUGAUGAGGAAGAAGAUGGCCAAGCUGGGCCGGGAGAAGGACGAGCUGGAGCAGGAGCUGCAGAAGUACAAGUCGGUUUACGGGGACGUGGACAGCCCCCUCCCCCUGGCCGAGUGCGCCGGCGGAGGCCCUCACACGACCCGAGAGGCCGAGCUGCGCCUCCGCCUGAAGCUGGUGGAGGAGGAGGCCAACAUCCUGGGCAGGAAGAUCGUGGAGCUGGAGGUGGAGAACCGCAGCCUGCGGGCAGAAAACGAAGACAUCCGCUGUCAGUACGAGAGAGACUGCUUCGGGCGAGAGCCCUUCUCCAGCAUGCCUUCCUCGCCGUACGGCGGCGACGCCCUGGAGUCCGCCGGCGAGCUGCGACGGCACCUCCAGUUCGUAGAGGAGGAGGCCGAGCUGCUGCGUCGCUCCAUCUCAGAGAUCGAGGACCACAACAGGCAGCUCACAUCCGAACUCAACCGCUUCAAGUUUGGUCCGAGCGGCGGCGAGGAGGGCGUCGAGGGGACGCUGUUCAAACCCGGGAACGGGGGCGCCGGGAACGGCUCCACCGGCGGGAUGAUGAUGGAGGAGCUCAAGUCGGCCCGGAUGCAGAUCAACGAGCUGAGCGGGAAAGUGAUGAAGCUGCAGUACGAGAACCGCGUCCUCAUGUCCAACGUGCAGCGCUGCGACCUGGCCGCGCACCUCGGGCUUCGAACCGGCAGCCCCCGGGACAGCGACGCCGACAGCGACGCCGGCAGAAGAGAGGCCGCCGAGGACGAGGAGGCGGGCCGGCUCCUCCUCCUCCAGCCCAAGAGGGAGGGUCCGAUCGGGGGCGAGAGCGACUCCGAAGACCUGUUCGAGAAAACGGCGACCACCUCAGGGUUCGGGAGCAUCAAGCCGUCGGAUGGCAGCGAGCUGAGCGCCACCGAGCUGGCCAACCGCCGGCGGGAGGAGAGAGAGUCCUUCUCUAACGUGAAGCGAGAGGCCGAGAGGCUCGGCAAGACGGUGGACCGGCUCAUCACCGACACCGACAGCCUGAUCUUCGAGGGCCGACUGCUGGUGACGACGGGAGAAGGCCUGGAGGGCGGAGGAGCCUCCGGAACCAAACCGGACACUCAAGUCCUGGACACCAUCAACACACGCAUGAAGGCGUUCCGCACCGAGCUGCACAUCUUCGUGGAGAAGCUGGACCACGUGGGAGAGGGGCUGAGGGAGCGGACGGACGAUCUGUCACCCAUGCCCAACCUGACGGAGUCCAGCAGCUUCCUGUCCACCGUCACCUCCAUGUCCCGGGACUCUCCCAUCGGCACCUUCGGGAGAGAUCUGGUCACCGACUUCCAGUCCGGUCAGAGGGAUGAGCUGGAGUGGCGUCUAGGACAGGAGCGAGGCGUGGAGCCCCAGAGCCAGGCCCAGAGCAGGGGAGCCACGGGACUCUCUAGGUACCACAGGCCCCUGGCUUUAAGAGCAGAGCUCCGGGACGCGCCGCCUCCCGACCUCCAGUUUCGCCUGGAUCACGACCGAAGGAUGAGGGCGGCGACGGCCGACGAACGGGAAGCCGUGGUUCCUCUGCCUCAGCAGGAUGACGAGCGUCUGCGUCUGGAGGUCCAGCGUGAAGGCCUGGAUCUGCCGGGCCUGCAGGGCCUGCAGGGCCUGGAGGUGCCCUGGGCUCAGGAGCGAGCCGCCCUGCAGCAGGAGGUCCGACUCUUCAGGCGGAACAGCAUCAUGGUCUACAUGAAGCUCCGCUGGAUCCUCACGCACUGGAGGCUUGGACGCCGGGACGACCCGGGGGACGAGGCGCCACACCAAGAGUCGGAGGGAUUCCCGGAGUUGGGGGUGAUCGUGGAGCAGGCGGAGGCCGACCCCGACCGAGACGACAGACUCUGUUUCCCACAAACCCCGGCGGACACUCCCGACCCGGGACCCCUCCUCCCCCUGCCCUCACCCGACCGACACCUGCAGCACCACAGACAGUUCGGCGAGAACCGCCGGGUCCUGCAGGCCUUGCGGACGCUGCUGGACGAGUUUCGGGAGGAGCUGCGGGAGGAGGAGGCGCGGCGGAGCCAGCUGCAGCAGUCCUACGCCAAUGACAAAGCCGCCUGGGAGGUCAAGUGGGCCGAGAUGAAGAGCCAGGUCGCUCAGCAGCUGGAGGAGGACGAGGACGAGGAGGAGGAGGAGGAGGAGGAGGAGGAGCAGCAGCGGUCGAAGGUGCGAGGAGAAGCUCAGGGAGGAUCCGGGGGUCCGGCCGCCAACCCCGGCCGGGCCCUGAAGCAGGAGCGCGAGGAGCAGCGGCGCCUGCUGGCGGAGAGCCACAGCACGUCGCUGGACCUGCGCUGGAAGCUGCAGCACGGCGAGAAGAGGUGGAGCCGCGAGAGGGCGGAGCUGCUGGAGCGCUUCGACCGCGAGCGGCAGGAGUGGGACGGCAGCAUGAGGGAGCUGCACCGCAAGAUGGAGAGGAUGCAGAGAGAGCUGAACUCCCGUCGAGGCGAGGACCACAGAGGAGGCUUCUCGCCCCCCCGCUCGCCGCGGGCCCCCCGCUCCCCCUGCACGUCCACCCCCGCCCCGCCGCCGCCGCCGCCCACGCGCUCCCACUCCGACUCGGACGCCAUGCUGGAGGAGCAGGGCGCCGCCACGCGGCUGAAGGGCCCCGCCGAGAACCUCUUCCUGGACGCGCUGACGCUGGACCCCCUGGGCGGGCUGGAGGUGCCCCCCCCCUGCAGGCUGGAGAGCGAGAAGAGGUUCCCCUGCAUGAAGGAGGCCCUGAACGAGCUUUCGGAGAACGAAGGAACUGCUGCGUUCCCGGAGGAGGACAUGAGGGAGGGAGGAAGUCUGCUCCGAGCGAAGUCGGUCUGCUCCAUGAGUGACUUCCAGCGGUUGAUGGAUAGCUCGCCGUUCCUCCCCGACAAGACUCGACCCGGCGACCCCGGCCAGGACGACAUCACGCCGCCUCUUUCUCCGGACGACCUCAAGUACAUCGAGGAGUUCAACAACAAGGGCUGGGACUUCCCCCCGUCGGCCCCGGGCCCCGGUCCGGUCCGGGAGGGGGAACCCGUCCCCGAUCCAUUCCAGCCAGCCUCCUGGUUCCUGACCACCAGCGCCACCCUGACCACCAGCACCCUGAGCAGCCCGGAGCACUGCCACAAGUCGCCGCUGAGGGGCAACGGCGCCGGGGCCGCCGGGGUGGGACUGGAGCACUACGGGGUCCACAUCCUCCACAGCCCCACCAGGCCGGGGGGGGCCGAGCGCACCACUGCCCAAGACCCGGACUUUCUCUACGCCAAGGGGACCAAAGCGCGGGGCGGCGGCGGCGGCGGCGAGGCGGGGGUGGGGGUCGGCGGGCCCGACGAGGUCUUCGGCAGCACCAGGUGGCCUUGUCUUCUGGAGGGAGGGGGGCUGAGGACUUCUCCGAGCCAGUCCCCCAUCUGCCCCACGGUGGGCUACGCCUCGUCCCUGGAGCUGCAGCUCUCCAGGAACAUGAGCGACGACAUGAAGGAGGUGGCCAUCUCCGUGAGGAACGCCAUCCGCUCCCCCCCGGGGCCCGCCGUCCGGGACACGGCCUGCCAGACCAACGGGUUCACCACGCGAGGCACCCAGACCACCCAGACCAUCAGCGUGGGGCUGCAGACGGACCUGCUGAGGAACCUGACCAGCAGCCCCCACCGCUGCCUCACCCCGAAGGGCGGCGGCACGCCCAUCUCGUCCCCGUCCCGCAGCACCAGGAAGGUCCAGUACUCCCCGGUGGUCCAGAGCAAGUUCGAGCGGCCCUGCUGCUCGCCCAAGUACGGCUCGCCCAAGCUCCAGCGCAAACUGUCCACGUCCAACAAGAACGACCUCCCCAACAACAGCCGCGCCCCCACGCCCACCACGCCGCAGAAGGGCAACAGCGAGUCGGCGUGGGCGCGCUCCACCACCACCCGGGACAGCCCGGUGCACACCACCAUCAACGACGGCCUGUCCAGCCUCUUCAACAUCAUCGACCACACGCCGGUGGUCUACGACGCCAUGCAGAAGUUCAACAAGUCGCCCAGCCGCUCCCGGCCCACGCCGCCGCCCACCACCGAGCCCAGCCCGGCCCACGGCGCCGCCGCCGAGUGCCAGCGGGCCGCCAGGGGCCGCUCGCCCAGCCCCGUGCAGCUGAUCGUGGAGACGCAGGGCGACAGAAACGCGGAGGUCGUCAGCAUACGGCAGGACCUGUCGGCGCCGCCGGGAUACACGCUGGCCGAGAACGCCGCGCGCAUCCUGAACAAGAAGCUGCAGGAGCAGAGCUUCAGGGAGGAGAGGAGGCUGCAGGCCGGGGCGCCCGCCGGCGGCGGCGGCGGCGGCAGGCCGGCCGACUCGGACCGAGCGCAGCCCGGAUGUAUGGAGAUCGAAAGCUCUGACUGAUGCAAUGGACCUCCCUCGCUCUCCGGUGGCUCCUCCCCUGGACUCCUGCUUCCUCAGACCGGCCCGCCCGGCCAACCGCCGGCCCCCGUCCCGCUGGGCGGCCCGCUCCCCCUCCUCCUCCCCCAGGUGGAGCGGGACCUCCAGGAGGAGGUUCACCUUCCCCCCGCCCGGACACCGGAGGCCCAUCCUGGAGGGCGAGGAGCCGGCGUGACGCCGCCACGCUCUACCUCCUCUCACCCUCAGUACCUCAGAGCCGCCGCCCCCCUUCCCGGAUCCAGAGACUCCUUCGGGCCUGGAGGGGGGGCCGGAUCCACCCAGUAGCACCAGCUGACCAUCGAGAACAUGAGAUGUACUGUAAAACCACCCAGAACCACGUGAACGUGACGUUUCCAUCAGAGGUGCCUGAACCUGAGUUCCUCGCCGCUCCAUGUCUGUCCUCAUCGGUUUCGCACCUCUCCUCACACCUGUUUACAUUUUAUUUUUUUUUUAACGUGUCUUCUUCGUCCAGUCCUCCUCGCGUCCAUCCUUCUUUUUGCCAAGUUUAAAACUUUGGGAAAAUGAAACAAACAAAGAAAAAAAAGCCAGUCGUGCUUCACCGGGUCUGAAGCAGACACUUGAUGUCAUUUUUAUUUCCAUUUUUACGAAUGUCCGAC